AUGAAGCUGCCGCCCACAUGUUUGGCAGGCGCCGGACUGCUGCUGGGGACGGACCUGGUCACAGCGACAGCCGACGGCGACCCAAACUGGUGGCGGUUGGCAGCAAAUGCAACAAACAUGCAGGAAUGGAGCUUCUGCAACCUCCAGCUCUUCGCCGACAGAGGUUGCACCACGGCGCUGUCUGCCUCUGUCGUGCAGCGGCGUCAAGCAGACGGUGCUGCAAUCACCGUGGGCUUUCCGGCGGGUUCAGCGCUUGGGAGCUUCUCCUACGACUGCGGCGGUAGCUGCCAGUUAAUGGAGCCUUGGGUGUCUCUUCGUUUCUCACAGCCGGUGGUGGUGGGUAUUCAGAGCACCGGGGUUGAGCAGUUGGUCCUGCCACUUCUGUUUCCGCUGCGGGUCUCGUGA